CAAUUAAAUAUAAGGAACAGGUCAGGGCGUCAAGCACUUUUGCCUAAGUGGAGGUUCGAGUUUCUUCAACUAUUAACUCAGUGAGUGACUCGAUUCGUUCGCAAAGUCUUGCGUAAGCCCUUGAUACCCGAGAGAUUGGGCGUCGGCGAGUUCUCUAUAUAACAGUAAAAAUACACAACAGUGAACCACUCUUAACUGUUGUUAUUUUAUUACUUUAAAGCCUUAGAUAUUUUGCUUUACUUCUCCGCCAUACCGUCGUUUCUUUUUUCUCUCUAAUUCGUUGGAGACGGACUCAGAGGCUUGAACCAGCGAGUUAUAUCCAUCUGGGUCGUCUCCAAUGGCGAGUUUUGUCAUCUCAGAAUGUGGUUUAAGGCCUCUUCUACAGGUUUUUCCUAAACCAAGAACUGGAGUAAACCCAACAAAAGCCAGAUUUUUAUACACGAAUAAGUCUCCAACAGAUCUAAAAUUUCAUUCAAUAAAAUUUUCCGGUGACUUUUCAAGGGAGAGAAACUGGGGGCUAAACGUGAGUGCUCCUUUGAGAGUAGCACCAUUAGACGAAGAUGAGAAAGAAGAUAGAAUCAAUGGGUUUAAUGGGAUUGAAAAUAAAGAAGCAGCUGAAUUUAAUCCUGGGGCGCCCCCUCCUUUUAAACUAGCUGAUAUUAGAGCCGCCAUACCAAAGCAUUGUUGGGUGAAAGAUCCAUGGAGGUCUAUGAGCUAUGUUGUUAGAGAUGUUGUGGCAGUUUUUGGCUUUGCUGUGGCCGCUGCUUAUAUUAACAACUGGGUUGUUUGGCCUUUGUACUGGGCUGCUCAAGGAACCAUGUUUUGGGCUCUUUUUGUGCUUGGUCAUGACUGUGGUCAUGGAAGCUUUUCAAACAAUCCCAAGUUGAAUAGUGUGCUGGGGCAUUUGCUACAUUCUUCAAUUCUGGUUCCUUAUCAUGGAUGGAGAAUCAGCCACAGAACUCAUCAUCAAAAUCAUGGCCAUGUUGAGAAUGAUGAAUCAUGGCACCCGUUGUCUGAGAAAAUAUACAAGAGUUUGGAUAAAGCUACAAGAAUUUUACGUUUCACUGUGCCGUUUCCCAUGCUUGCAUACCCAUUUUAUCUUUGGAGUAGAAGUCCUGGGAAAACUGGUUCUCACUUUGACCCAAACAGCGAUUUGUUUGUCCCAAGCGAAAGGAAAGACGUGAUCACUUCUACCUUAUGUUGGACGGCCAUGGCUGCUUUGCUAUUGGGUUUAUCCUUUGUAAUGGGCCCUACGCAAUUGCUUAAACUCUACGGCAUCCCAUACUUGGUUUUUGUUAUGUGGUUGGAUUUAGUGACAUAUUUGCAUCACCAUGGUCACGAAGAAAAGCUCCCUUGGUACCGUGGAAAGGAGUGGAGCUAUCUAAGGGGAGGGCUUACAACUCUUGAUCGAGAUUAUGGAUUGAUUAAUAACAUCCACCAUGAUAUUGGAACUCAUGUCAUUCACCAUCUCUUCCCACAGAUACCACACUACCAUUUAGUGGAAGCAACUGAGGCUGCUAAACCAGUACUUGGGAAAUAUUAUCGCGAGCCUAGUAAAUCAGGGCCUCUACCUCUCCACCUCAUUGGAAGUUUGAUCAGAAGUUUGAAAAAAGACCAUUAUGUUAGUGAUGAUGGCGAUGUUGUGUACUACCAGACUGACCUACAGCUGAACUGCUCUUCCAAAUCUGGUUAAAGCUUUCAUAUAUGGCCUUCCUCAGCGGUGUAGUGAAUGGCUAGCAAGCUCUUUAUAGCUGACUUAAACUUAAGCAAUCAGAGAGCUUGUAUUGCCGUGUUAUGGCCAACCCCGCAAUGAUAUGGUGACAACCUUGAUUGACUGGCAAACAAAUCAUUCGUAUGAAGAUGAGUGAUACCUAAGAAGGAUUAUUGCAGCCGCUGUUGGUUAUUUAGGCAGAGGAAAUAUCAAAUAUGUGAGGUGUUUCCCUAUUGGGAUUUUGAAGGGAGAGUGUAUAUUAUAUACUAUAAUACCUGAAGAGAUAAUUAGCUCUUCAGCAAUAUUAUUCAUGUAUUGCUGAGUCAAAACUUCAUAAAUUGAAAGAAAAUUCAAGGAAAAUUAAAUGAAAAGGUUAAUUUUUUACCUGUUUC